AUGUCAUUAGCAGGAGCAUUGAGAUCGGCAACAACUUCAACAAUUAAACAAGCUGUUAACAAUUCAACAACAAAAGUAAGACCUAGAAUUCAAAAAAAAGCAGCAUUGACAAUCACGCCUUCAGCUGUAAAGAGACUACGUCAACUUGUCGAGGGUCCAGAUCCAAAAUUGAUCAGAGUAGCUGUAAAAAACAAAGGUUGCGCAGGAUUGUCUUAUGACUUGGAGCUCACCAAAGAAAAAGGAAAAUUUGAUGAAGUGGUAACUCAAGAGGAAAUGGAUUAUGUCGAGGACAAAUUAUCUUCUAAAUUUGUUUUUAAUAAUCCAAAUGUUAAAGAAAGUUGUGGAUGUGGUGAAAGUUUUUUGAUAUGA